AUGCCUUCGAAGGCACCUUCGCGCCCUAGAUUAGCUUUACAGCAGCACCGGAGGCCGACCUCUCACCACGUCUCGUCGCGCACAAUUGUCCAAAGCGCAUUGAACAUUUCUCCCAAGCACACCUCGGCCUCAUGGACGCCGCCAACGUUCCUCCUUCCCUUCCGCUUCCACGCGCAGCUCCAUCAGGCAACGAGCCAACAAUCCGCAACGACUCCGAUCUCACAGUUUCAAAACACACAGCCUGACAUUCCACCCACAUAUCUCUCCAACCCGACCGACCAGACAGGCUCGUCACUCUCCACGACGAAGCCGACGACGACCGUCCCGUCAAGCACCACGUCCCUAUUGUCGAGACCACUCGUGCUCUCGCGCUCGGUGCAGACCCUGCUGCCGAAGCUCCACGCCCAAAAGCCGCACUACAUAGUCGCGCACAUCCAUCGGUUCCCUUAUCUCCUGACGGAGGGGGACACCCUGCGCUUGCCCUUCCACAUGAAAAACGUCUCCCCAGGCGAUAUCCUGCGGUUCAACCGCGCCAGCAUCCUGGGCAGUCGGGACUUCACGCUCAAAGCCGGGACGUCGAGCACGGAGAGCUACGACGCCAAGCGCACCGGCGAGCCCAAUUACUUGGACGAGAGGCUCUUCGAGUGCAGGGUCCGAGUCAUGGGCAUUGAGACGCAGCCGAUGGAGUUCAAGGAGAAGAAGAAGCGGCGCAAUCGGCACCGGAAGAUCGUCAAGAGUAAGCACAAGUACACGUUGUGCAGGGUCAUGCAGGUCAAGACCAAGGGGUUGGACGAGUUGAUCUCCAGCGAGAAGGGCAUGGUGUUGUUGGAGGGCGACGGUGACGGUGAAGCACAACUGGUUGAAGAGGCGGGUGAGGGCGAGGGCGAGGGCAAAAUCCCCACGGUCAGUCACUCUGCUGCGUGA